AUUUUGAUUGUUUAUAACUAUUUCGCCAUUAGGUUUUUGACAAUUUAACACAAAAAUUCCACUUAUUAAGAAGUAGUUAAUGAAUUUUUGAGUACGUGGAGUGGGAGCCAAUUAGAAUCAAAUAAAAAUAAAAUGAAGGAGGCCUACAUUCAGUAAUUACUAAUAUAGUUUUACUACAAGAAAUUCUUUAAAAUUUCUAGGGAUUCCGUUCGAUGGAGCAGUGUCAAUCCAGGAUAUUGAAAACCCCCUUUUUACAAGAAAACAAGAUUUCGACUUCUCAUCGGCCGCCAAUGGACCACAAGAGCAACAACACGAAAAAUCUACAGAAAAAUUAUGUAUUUAUUGUUUAAAUUAAUAAAAACAAUUAAAUAAUA